ACCGGACGGAGAGAUGAUGGCCCCGCUCCUCUCCCCGUCCGCCGCUCGCCCUGUCGUACGUCUCCCUUCCGCCCAUCUCCUCUCCCCUUCCUCGAUCCAUCGCCGGAGCCAAAGAGGUUUUUCGAACCCUAACCUUAGAUGCUCUACGUCUAGAAGGGAGCUCCGCCCCGGCUCCUUCGCUUCCCACCUCUGCGAGCGAGAGGCCCUCACGCUGGAUGGGGGAUCCCUCUCCGUGAAGGAAUUCGUGUCGGAGGAGGAACUGUGGGCUGCCGUCCGCCUUCGUGUCCGCACCUUCUACGAGUUCAACACCCAGUCCUACGGCAUCGAGGAUUAUAGGAGGUACUUAACAGAGCGGGAAUUUGAAGCAUUGAAAGAUCGCAUUGCUGGGAAAAGGAUAGGACUUAAAAGAGUUUCUUGCAUAAAUGCUACAUUGCCAUUAUCCCCAUUAUUAGGCUCCGCAGAUGAAUUAUGCUCUGCAUGUAAGUUUUCUGAUAAUGGAGAGGAACGAGUAGUGGUUGGGACUUUAGAUCUUAAUCAAUGUCUUGGGCUGACUGACGAGUUGACUGGAAAGAGGCCUAAGGUACUUGGAUCUGACCUCAUGAGGGCAUAUCUGAGCAAUGUAUGUGUCGCUAAGGAGUUGCAGAGGAAUGGUUUGGGCUAUGCAUUAGUUUCCAAGUCUAAGAAAGUUGCUCGUGAAUGGGAACAAUUGGAGAAUGAGAAAUUUCUUACCAAGGAUCAUUUUAGUCAUAGUUCUUUUAAGAUCAAAGUUGAGCAUAAAAAUGAUUAGAUAAUAUCUAGGAGAGUCUGAUCAACAGUUUGUAUUGUCACAAAUUAUAUGAAUUUUAAGGACAGCUGGAUAUCAAAUUACUCUUUGUAAUCAUUUUGGCAUAUUUAUCCUAUAUUCAUUUUUUUAGCCAUCAUGGUAAUUGAUCAUUGCUUAGGGCUCUAGUUGGAGGUACCCUUAGUUUCCAUAAUGAUGCUGUCAGCUGCAUGAAUGGUGCUUCUAGGAUGCUGAUUCAUGGAAGUAGAAUCAAAGAGAGAUGUUUAAUUGCCACUUAACCCCUGACAGGAGAUAAAUUUAUUGUUCAUAUCUGAUCUAUAUAAGCAGAAUACUAUCACAAUUGCUAUUAUUCAAAGACCUGGUAUAAGAAGAUACCAAAACAAUUCUUAGUGCAUCUUCUUUACCUGUAAAAAUCAUGUGCGUUUAAGUUAACUUGCAACCUAAACCCUCUGUAACUUGUUCUUAUAAAACCAAAGCUUUCUU